AUGGCGUCUGACAAGGUUACAGACAACUAUGUGCAGCCAGCCAUACCACGUUUUGAUGGUCAUUAUGAUCAUUGGAGCAUGUUGAUGGAGAAUUUCCUGAGGUCUAAAGAAUACUGGACUAUCGUGGAAACCGGUAUAGUAGAGCUGGAAAGUGGAGUGGUGUUGACGGAGCUACAACAAAAGAAAUUGGAUGAAUCCAAGCUGAAAGAUUUGAAGGCGAAAAAUUACUUAUUCCAAGCUAUUGAUCGUUCCAUUUUGGAGACCAUUCUCCAAAAAGAUACUUCCAAGCAAAUUUGGGAUUCCACAAAGAAGAAGUACCAGGGCUCAACAAAGGUGAAGUGUUCAAUGCUGCAAGCACUGAGGAAAAUUUUUGAGACCCUUCAAAUGAAACAAGGAGAGUCUGUCAAUGAUUAUUUUUCAAAAGCAAUGGCAAUUGCAAAUAAGAUGAGUAUACAUAGCGAGAAGAUGGAAGACGUGACCAUCGUAGAAAAGAUCCUGCGAUCUAUGACUACAAAGUUUGAUUACGUUGUGUGCUCCAUUAAGGAGUCAAAUGACGUUGAGAAGCUUUCAAUUGACGAUGAUUCUUCGGCAGCAAGAGGUCGUGGUGGUCGUGGACGAGGACGUGGUAGAGGCGGCAGCCAUGGAAGAGGUCGAGGUAGCAGAAAUGGGAACAAAUCCAAUGAUGAUUCCGGCAGCAAAGACACUUAUGAUUUCGGCAGCAAGAGUAGAGGCCUUAAUAAUUCUGGAGGUAACAGCAGCAGAGGCCGCAGGCAGUCAUACAACAAUGAUUCGAAUGUCGACAAUCAAAUGUCGAGUGUUUCAGAGAAAGAGAAAGAAGAUGACGGGGCUAUUCUAAUGGUGUGUCAAACCAUGGAAAAACUACAAAAGAAUGUGUGGUACUUGGAUACAGGUUGUAGUAAUUACAUGUGUCGAGCAAAGUCAAUUUUCUCUACCUUAGAUGAAAGUUUCACAACUACAGUGAGAUUUGAAGAUGACAUCAAAUUUGAGAGCAAUUUACUGAGCUUGGGACAACUGCAUGAAAAGGGAUAUGAGAUCAAGAUUACAGGAGGAGCUUCUCAAAUUCAUAACCAAAAAGGGGCUUAA